AUGGUAAUCGUAACAUAGUCAUCAUUGGUCGUAACUCAAGAAAGUGAAUUUAACUUCAUCCUCCGUAUCCUCAACACCAAUAUUGAUGGUCGCCGCAAAGUAAUGUAUGCUUUGACUGCAAUUAAAGGAAUAGGAAGACGCUUUUCCAAUCUCAUCCUCAAAAGAGCAGGUGUCGAUCUUACCAAAAGAGCAGGACAGCUUACAGAAGAAGAAAUUGAGAAAAUUGUCACCAUCAUCAAUAAGCCAACUGAAUAUAACAUCCCUACAUGGUUCUUAAAUAGAAGAAGGGACAUUGUUGUAGGAACUGAUUCUCAGAUCGUGGCCAACUUUUUGGAUGCCAAGAUGAGAGAAGAUCUGGAAAGGAUGAAGAAAAUGAUGCUGCAUAGAGGUCUCAGACAUUGGUGGGGAGUUAAAUGUAGAGGACAGAAGACGAAAACUACUGGAAGAAGAGGCAAGACUGUUGGUGUCGCUAAGAAAAAAUAA